CGAGCUGCCCAUUGGCCCACUGGCACUUUACUCUGGCUGGAGGCGGAUGGAGAGAGAAAGAGGAAGCCGACUGAAGGCUUGCAAUCGGCAACAGGGAUGGAGGUGACGGCGGGUGAGUGUGCGGUCACCUGAGGUAGAGGGAAGAAGUCGCCCCGCAUCUGCUGGUCGGGACUCGAGCCUGGAAACUUGGCUGGUGUCCGGCACAUCAUCCUAAUCCUCUCUGGAAAGGGGGGGGUCGGGAAAAGCACCAUCUCCACGGAGCUGGCCCUGGCCCUGCGUCACAUGGGCAAAAAGGUGGGGAUCCUCGAUGUGGACCUGUGUGGCCCCAGCAUCCCCCGCAUGCUCCGGGCACAGGGCAAGGCCGUGCACCAGUGUGACAGUGGCUGGGUGCCCGUCUUUGUGGACCAGGAGCAGAAUGUCUCCCUCAUGUCCGUGGGCUUCCUGCUGGAGAAGCCAGAUGAGGCUGUGGUGUGGAGAGGCCCCAAGAAGAAUGCUCUGAUAAAACAGUUUGUAUCUGAUGUGGCCUGGGGGCAGUUGGACUACCUGGUUGUGGACACGCCUCCAGGGACCUCUGACGAACACAUGGCUGCCGUGGAUGCCCUCCGCCCCUAUAGCCCUCUGGGGGCUGUCGUGGUCACUACACCCCAGGCGGUGUCAGUGGGGGAUGUGAGGCGGGAACUGACAUUCUGUAGGAAGACAGGGCUGCGGGUGAUUGGCAUUGUGGAGAACAUGAGCGGCUUCGUCUGUCCACACUGCACAGAGUGCACCAACGUCUUCUCCAGGGGAGGCGGCGAGGAGCUGGCCAGACACGCGGGAGUCCCCUACCUAGGCUCUGUGCCUUUGGACCCUGAGCUCACGAGGUGCCUGGAGGAGGGCCGAGACUUCAUCCAGGAGUUCCCUCAGAGCCCUGCCUUUCACGCACUCUCCGCCAUAGCCCAGAAGAUUUUGAAGGAGACACCUGCUCAGCUCUCCUGACUGAGACGUCUCCUCCUGGUGCCACUGUGGGGCUCAAGCUCACAGACUCGAACCUGGGUCCGGGGUGUGGUUCCUGGAACCUACAGAGCUGGCCCAUGGGGCUGUGCACCUCUCCCUGCCUGGGCCCUUUGGAGACUUUUCAGCACUUCGGCAGCAUUUGGGCGCCAGAGCUGCUGACAAUGAAUGGUUCUGCUGGGUUGGUCUGUGGCAAGCCCCAGGGGACAGCGUGAGGUCCUAGUGCCAUCACAUUAGCUCUGGUGCCUGCACACACUCUCUUCAUGUUGUAUUCAUGUGCCCCAGACUGACAGGCCGCACCUGAUCCCCAAGUCUCCACACUGCCCACAAAGCUUGUGGGUCUAGAAGCCGGCAGGAACUUUGUCGUCCUCAGAUACUUUGCUGCUGGCAGGGCUGUGAGCGACCAUGAUGGUGGUCGUGGACCAUGAUGGUGGGAGCACCCUGUGAGGUAUUAACCUCAGAGGUGCUCACAAUUAAA